AUGGAAUGUGCAAACGCUACUAAUGGCUAUUAUCAACAGAAAUGCAUAUCGUUAUGUGCCCAGUUAUACGAAAAAUUAUCGAAGAAGUCUCAAAUUAGAACAUUGAAAGGCACAUUGUAUAUAUCGGACGAUGUAUUUUUCAACUUCAGUCAUGUAUUUAGUCAGCCGUCCCGUUAUUCACUGUCUGAAUUUUGGGUGACUGGAUCACUUGAAUUGAACAAUUAUGCAGAGAACAAACGGGUCGAAUGGAGAUGGUGGUAUCUCGAAAAUGCAUGGGAUAGACUUGUACUUGUUUUUAAUAGAACGUUACCUCGUCGAUAUAUAAAAGUAUUUGAAACACUCUAUGGCCCAGGUAAAUUGCUUACACAUUCACGAGCCGAUGUUGUCUACAUACCAAUCGCCGAUAACCAACUGUCGACAUUUAUAAAAAUAACAGAUGAAAUUCUAACAUAUCUUCCAAACUUCUUUUGUGAAGUAUUCAUUACAAUAGUAGCUGAUUUAACGGGUGCAUUAUGCAAACAUUGGCCAUACAAAAAUGAUCGAAUUAAAUUCAAGUCAAAAGCAAAUCGCCUAAAUAAUCUGAAAAUUAUAAAACACAUGGAAAACACAAAUCAAAUAGUCCAUGCUCGAUAUCCGUAUAAUACGAGUGUUUACCAGUAUCGACCAUGUUUACUGAACAUAGAAGGGUACAUCUUUGAACGUAGUCGACAGGCUAAACGAGAAAUAUUAGAAAAGUUUUUGUCAAAAAAUAUUUAUGAAUUUGUACAUCCAUUCAAAUUAAGUAAUGCAACAAGUAUUCCCUAUGAACUUUGGCACAGAUCAAUGGAGGGACAAAUUCAAAAAUUAAAACAUUAUCAGCAACAUUAUAAUCGCAGUUUUGAGAAUGUGACGUAG